AUGUCGACAAACAGUACAAGUUUGACAACAUUAUUAAAAAUCGUUCAACAAAUUUCAUUAACUGUUAACUUUUUGACAAUUAUUAUUGGUACAAUUGGUGGUAUUUGUAAUUUUAUAACAUUUACUACUCCAAAAUUGCGUCGAAAUUCUUGUGUAUUUUAUUUAUUAUGUGCCAAUACAUUUCAAAUGAUUUCGAUUCUUAUUCCUAUCUCAAUUCGCUUAUUGUUGGGUUACUUUGGAGAUAAUUUAGAAAGUCAGUCAAUCAUUUUUUGUAAAGCUCGUUAUUAUCUUAGCUUUACUUUACCUGCAUUAGCCACAUUUUAUAUGUUAUUAUCGAUCUUGGAUCGGUGUUUGACUACAUCUAGUCAUGCAAAAAUACGUGCUUGGAGUCAAAUUAAAGUAGCCUAUCCAUUAUCAUUUGUUGUAUUUAUUUUUGGAUGUAUAAUUAAUAUACAUAUAAUUGUAUUUCAAGUUAUUUACAAUAAUAAAUGUCAAAUUUCUGCAAAUAGCAUAUAUGAAGUAUUUUUAGCUGUUCAUAUAGUAUUUUUUAUUUCAUUAUUACCUCAUAUUCUUAUGUUAAUUCUAUGUCUGAUUACUUUUUUAAAUUUGAAACAAAGAAAAACUCGAAUAUUACCAACUACAACUAAUGUACGUAGUUCAUUAAUCAAACGUUUCGAAGCACAACUGAUUACUAUUAUUGUGACGCAAACUAUUGUAGGUACUGUUUUUCUUCUAUUACGUGUUGGUUCAUAUAGUUAUUCAUUACUUACAAGAAAUAAGUUGAACAAAAUUGAUGGUGAAAUUGCUGCUGAAAAUUUGACUUUACAAAUGGGUGUUGCAUUUUAUUUUUUUAAUUUUGCUCUAUCUUUUUAUAUUUCAACUUUGACAAGCAAAUACUUUCGUGAAACAUUUCGAAAAAGAGUAACUGAAUUUUAUCGUCGUCGUAUUUCUUGUAGACAAUUUUAA